AUGGCUGAGGCAGAGAAGUCGUUUGGAGAGAAGGAAGAGGAGGAGGAGGAGGAGGAGGAGGAGGAGGAUGAGGAGGAGGAGGAGGAGGAGGAGGAGGAGGAGGAGGAGGAGGAGGAGGAGGAGGAGGAAGAGGAGAAGGAGGAGGAAGAGGAGGAUGAGGAAGAAAUCGUACUGACAGAUGAGGAUACAGGGGAUGGUACAUACGAGGGUGAUGGAAGUUUCCUCUUAUUGCAGGAAGAGAAAGGGAAGACGAAACGGAGCAAGGGUCUCGACUCCGGCCCUUCCUUUGGUGCCGCAGCUGCUAGGGGGGAGGAGGAUUCUCUGCCUGUGCCAUCAGCCCAGCAGCAGGUGAGAGAAUCGGUGCUGCCGCUUUCACUCAAGCCAUUGCUUUCGUGCAAUGGUGCUGCAGCAGCUGUGAGUGAAGUUGCCUCUCUGACUCUUGUGCCAACGCAACAGCGCCCCCACAAAGUGGACGUCACGAAGCGUUACACGGAGACGCACUACUUCAGAUAUUCUGAUCCCCUCUUCUUGCUACGCCGAGACGCACUACUUCAAGUGCGCACUCAGCGAGAAGACACCGGACCUCAUCCCAUCCUCUCCUUUCUGGUUCAACCUCAUGCGCCAUAUCCUCGCUUCUGCCUCGCUUCUGCCGAAGCUGCUGCCAAAGAUGCCACCGAACCUGCUUCCGAACCUGCUGCCGGACCUGCUGCAAAGCCUGCUGCCGAACCUGCUGUGGCAGCAGCCACAAGCACCUCCUUGCUUGGGUCGCUCUGCUCCUUUGCUCUCUCCCUCCCUCCCUUCGUCCCUGCAUCAUUGCAUGAUGUGGGUGCCACCUCCACUGCCGCUCUCUCUGCACUUUCCAUUCUUGGCCUCAGAUUUGGCGGCAAGAUUAGGCAACGAGGUGCUUGUAACGAGGUGGCUAAUAACGAGGAAAUUGAGGGGAGAGUGGGCAGGGGAGGCAGGUCUGCUGGUGCAGUGGAGGGGGAGGAGCAUGGGUUUUCGUUUAGAGGCACGUCGGUUACAAUCACACCAGCAUCACCCAUGGUGGUGUACAAGCAGGAGUUGUGUGAGGGAUCCGUGCCUAUUUCCUCUUUUGGCCGCCCCACCCAGCGCCUGCGCCUGCCGCAGCUGCAGCCCUUCCAGAAGCGGUUUUUCACUCAUAUGGAGAGGGAGAGGCACGAAGCCCUUCUUCAGCAACACCUGCAGGCAGAAUUGGCACAAUUAGCAGCAGAGGAGGCAACGCAAAGAGCAGAGCUCUGGGAAGUAAUCUGCCUCUCAGGCAGCGAGCCUGAAAUCCUCUGCAUGCUCCAAGGCCCCUCCCUCCACUCCAUCAAACUCGCCCUCCUCCUCCCCCUCAUGCCCCACGCGCCCCUCUACCACUCGGUCACCUCCCUCCUCAGCUGCCGAAAGCUCUUCUAUCCGUCCAUAUGGCAAUACUCUCUUUUGCACAAGGACCCUCGGGGAAUGUCGGAGUACUUGGCAUAUGAUCCAGCCUUCCUUGCUUGGCUCUCUUGCCCUGUUCUUCUUUCCUCUCUGUUGCAUAUCGAGCCGGGUGCAGCAGGGGCGAGGCUGUCACUUCGGUACCGGCUGAAUGGGAGCUCAGGCGCACAGGUUCGGAAUGAGUGGUUCGGAGAGGGAGAGGAGGAGAGGGAAGAGGAUCGUGGGCGAAAGCGAGGGAGAGGGGAAAGAGGGGAGAGAGGGGAUGCGGAGGGAGCGUGGGAGGAGGAACGGGGGGUGAACGACAUAUGGAACGAGCAGCUAUUGGAGCAUUACGCUAGGUUCUUGGAGCUGUGUGCGAGGAGGAAGGGCGGGAUGAGCGCCCAGGAGUGCCUGGCAGCGGCAUACUACCUGUUGGUUCAAGACCGGGUCAAAGAGACCCACCUCAUGUUCCUCCGGGCAGCCUCCGGAAAGAUUUUCACCCUGCCCAACACGUUGCGGGCAGCGCUGUGCGGUGGGAACGGGAGUGCUGCUCCUGUUGCGGCUGGUGCUGAGACUCCUGCUGAAGCUUCUGCUAAGGGUGCUGAGGGUGGCGAGAAUUCUGCUGCUUCUGGUGUUAAUACCAAUACCAGCAGCACAAGUACCAGCGCUGUCCCCUUUACUGACCUCCCCGCUACAGUGAAUGUGCAGCUGGCAGCAGAUUACAUGGCCACUUUUCUCGACAUUCUCCUCUGCCCGACCCACUGUCUGGCCAUGGUCGCUCAGGCAGUUGCAAAAAAGUACCGCGCUGUCGACAGGAACGGCGACAGCAGUGGAGGAAGCUGCCCCGUGGUUUUCUGGAGAAAUCGCUUUGCUGACCUGGGCAAGCAAAUGUAUGAAAUUUGGAUGGCUGCCCGAGCUGCCCGGGCUGCUGGGGCAGGGGGGCGUAUCAUUGCGCAGGGUGGUGCGGAGGGGCAUGGAUUGGCUGGGGUGGAAGGUCAGGCGCAGAGUGCUAAGGGGAUAGGAGGAGGAUGCGAUGGAGGGGAGGAGGUUCGUGGGGGUGGAGAUGCAUGGGAGUGGGAGGAGGAGGAUGACUGGGUGCUCACAGGUAGUCAGCCCAUGGCAGGGGCAGUUGGAGGAGGAGGAACUGGAGAAGGGGGAGCAGGAGCAGCAGCAGGAGGAGCAGCAGUAGGAGGAGCAUCAGCAGGAGGAGCAGCAGCCAGAGGAGCAGCAGCAGGAGGAGGAGGAGGAGCUGGAGGAGGAGGAGGAUCAAGAGCAGUAGUUGAAAGCACUGCUGCUGCUGACGAGGACAUUGCUGACGUGGCACAGCUGGCGGAGGCAGCAGAGGGGGACGGGACAGCAGUGGACCCGUUCUCCCUCAAGAGGAGCUUGGGACCCAAACCCUCCCAGGAGCCCUUCCUGGACGCCAAGCUGCUGCCCUGUGCUGCUGUUGCUGGCACAGCCGGCACUGAACUCGGUACAGUCACGCCGGGUACAGUCACAGCAGCGGCAGCGGUGGCGGCAGCAGCGGUGGUGAGUGUGCGGUAUGCGAACGUGGAGAGCAUCCACGUGGACGUGUUUGCGUUCGACGAGGAGACCUUCUUCUCCUCCUCGCCCUUCUCCCUGCUCUCAGGAGCAGCCGCAGCCGCUGGUGGUGCAGGGAGCAGUGCUAGUGUGAAGGGUGGAGAGGUGCGGGGGAAGAGAGGGGUGGGGUGA